GAUUUAAAGUAGUCUUCUCGGGAGCGCAUUGACUAAACCGCGUGACCGACCACUCUGUCUGGCAAAUAUGUGGAAAAACGCGAAAUGAACUGCCAGAGAGUCUUUUUAGUUAAGUUUUACACGUUGUACAUAUGUUGCACUGUUGUUGUUUGAGCUGAAGAUGUGUCGGUGAAGGGAGGAGGAAACCAAAGAGAGGAAGGAAGCGAGGAUAACGUCACGAUAAGCAGAAUCGCUGGUAAAAACGGGCGCUGGUGUAACACAGACAAUCUUUGAUGAACGACAACACGACACGGGACCAUUUUCCAGUGGCUAAGAAGAUGCUUUUAUUUUUGAACUGUUGUCUGUAAAAACGGAGCGAACCGAGCCAGAAAGAGGCGCGACGAUACGGUUACAGCAAAGGCCGAGUUCUUCGUUUUCUCAGCAGCAGCAGCAGGAGCAAGAGGAGCAGCGGUGGCUCAGAGAAACAUUGGGCUAAAGCAAUGGAAAUGUGUGUAGCCCUCCUACGACUGCCUAUUUGUUGAAAAAGCCUCAUCGUGACCCACGGAACGAGCCUUAUCUCAAAGCGAUCCCGUUUUGGAUGAGUGAAGAAGAUAUUAAGUGCUCAGUCAGAAACAGAAAGGGAAAGAGAAGGAGGGAACCGUCGGCACAAUUAACAGGUGACAGUGAAAAUCAAUCAAAAUGAGUGAGUUGGAGCAACUUCGUCAGGAAGCAGAGCAGCUACGCAACCAGAUAAGAGAUGCCAGGAAAGCAUGUGGAGAUUCAACUCUGACACAGAUCACUGCUGGUCUGGAUCCUGUUGGGCGAAUUCAGAUGAGAACAAGACGCACUCUUCGUGGUCACCUCGCUAAAAUCUAUGCCAUGCACUGGGGCUCUGACUCCAGACUGCUGGUUAGUGCCUCUCAAGAUGGAAAGCUCAUAAUUUGGGACAGUUACACCACUAACAAGAUCCAUGCCAUCCCUUUGCGCUCCUCAUGGGUCAUGACAUGUGCGUACGCCCCCUCUGGUAACUAUGUGGCAUGUGGAGGCCUUGACAACAUCUGCUCCAUCUACUGCCUCAAAACACGAGAGGGCAACGUGCGGGUGAGCCGUGAGCUGCCUGGACACACAGGUUACCUUUCAUGUUGCCGUUUCAUUGAUGACAAUCAAAUUAUUACAAGUUCAGGAGACACCACAUGUGCACUGUGGGACAUAGAGACGAGUCAGCAGACCACAGUGUUCUCGGGGCACACGGGGGACGUCAUGAGCCUGUCCCUGUCUCCGGACCAGCGCACCUUUGUAUCAGGAGCCUGUGACGCUUCAGUCAAACUCUGGGACAUCAGGGACAGCAUGUGCAGACAGACCUUCACUGGACAUGAGUCUGACAUCAAUGCUAUUUGUUUCUUUCCCAAUGGCAGUGCAGUAGCCACAGGGUCUGAUGACGCCACCUGCAGGCUGUUUGACCUUCGUGCAGACCAGGAGCUGGGCCUGUAUUGCCAUGACAACAUCAUCUGUGGCAUCACCUCUGUGGCUUUCUCCCGCUCGGGACGCCUGCUUCUUGCUGGCUACGACGACUUCAACUGCAACAUCUGGGACGCCAUGAAAGGAGACAGAGCAGGAGUCCUGGCGGGCCAUGACAAUCGUGUGAGCUGUCUGGGUGUGACAGACGAUGGGAUGGCAGUGAGCACCGGCUCCUGGGAUAGCUUCCUAAAGAUUUGGAACUGAUCUGUGCAUAUUCAAAACAAAAACACACUCCCCAAAACACACUGUUCACACUGGGACACAAUUUGCACCUCUCUGAUUUCCAUUUGUCCAGCCUUACAGACAAACCCCAGGGUUGUACUGUAGAUAAAGACACACAGCUAGGAGCAGUACUCAGCCCACACAACUUCCAGUUAUGUGCACAUCAAACGCAAACAUUUAAAAUCUAAAAUGUCUUUAAAAAAACAAAAGUUGUCCCACGUUUACGCAAAGCCUUCAAACACACAAACCCACAGUCUUCUCCAAAUUCAGAAGACAUUUUGGGACAAUUCUUUCUUUGUUUACAGUGAAGUCUAAAAUGCACUUCAGUCAUUUUUUUCUGUUCUCUUUUUGUCUCGUAAGAAAAUAAUUUGAUCGUGUGAAUCUUUUAACACUGAGGAUAAUCACUGACAGUCCGGCUAAAGCAACUACAUCAACUUUAGGACAAAUAUAAACUUUUAUUUUAAUUUGGGUCAUGUUUUUUAUAGAUAUCCAAACACCUAGGUACAUCUCUUUGGGAUGUUUUUUAACACUUGAUUUCUUCAUUUAUCCCUUUGUGCCUCAGACACAAGUCAAAGAUUUGAUUACAAGACAUGAUUGAAAGUGAAAGAGUAGGCCUACAAGUCAGUAUGUGAUAGCUGGACGUUAUGAUGGUAUAAUUGUACAUACUAUUAAUAAAAUACAGACUGUCCUGCCA